UUUUGAUGACUACAUCGGAAAUCCGAACCAAUAAUGAAGUGAUAACGCCGGCAACUCAAAAAGAUCAAAUUUGUCAAAGUCUCAAGUAUCAUAAUAGCACAGAAUUCGACAUACUAGUGAUUGGAACAACAUCGAAGCGAUUAUUAUUGAUGACUAAUAACUAUUAUGUGUAUGAUGUUCCAAUCGGUUCCUUGGAUGGGGCCCAUAAUAAAUUAUAUCUACCAACAAAGGCUAUACAAUUGAUGGAUAAAUAUCCAAUUCUUUUCAACAGUCAAAUGUUUGGUCAAUUUAAAAAAAUGCAAACAAUUAAUAAUGCAUUUAUAAUAAACGACGGAAAAAAUGAUUGGAUCAGUCUUCAAA